UCCGAAGUAGGGGUCCUCAGUGUCGGAGCAACUGGUCCACGGUCGAAGGUGUAACGCGCGACUGUCUUCUGCGAGGAAUGUGAUCGCUAUAUGUAUGUGUCGUUUGAUCGUACUCGUCUACGCGCCAUACCAGAAAAAGCCACCACUCCUUACCGGGAGAGAAUAAAAGGGACCACAGAGGCAACUUCGCAGCAGAAGAGGCCGAGGCUGGGCGUUGGAGUUUGUAAUCGAUGGGUUGAGAACGCGGUGGUAGGCGCCUCGUGGCUGCAAACUCGCAUUUCCACCUACAUUCUAGUCGCCGUCGCCCUUCUGGGCAUAGGCGCUAUCAUCCUCGGCGAGUUUGGACGUGUUGAGAACGAUGGGACAUACGCGGCAACUGUUACCUGGAAACACAACGGAGGAUAUAGGAUCGAUUUUUGGGGGCAGGGAAACGAUUUGAACGCUGUUCCAUCGGGUGCUGCCCGUGCCUAUUAUAAAACUGAAAUUCAUCGUACGGGCUGGUCCGUAAUAGAAAUUGAAUCCUCCGACGAAUAUCCAGACACGGUGCAGGCGUAUUCUGCAGGGCUUCUGGAGGGAAGCUUGACCUGGCAGCUGAUUCAUCAUCAUUGGCACAAUACCAUCGGAGAACCCUGUGCUGCAAGAAAGUGGAAGUCGACCUGCGCCAAGAUUCGGCAACAACUCGUAGACAAUUCACGGUACAACAGGGAACGGGCUGACAUCGGGGCAGCGCAAGAUCCCUACUGGCACAUGAUCCGGUUAUUCUACGCUCAACUCGAUGGCAUGGAAGCUGGGUGGAGAUUCGCGGUCCGACGUAGCAGACGGUCGGUAGAAAUUGAACCCGAGGAUUUCCUUUGGCUCGCUAUGGCGUCGGACGUACCAUGGCUCAACAACGCGACUCGCGAUUACGAAAUGCGCGCAGCAUCGGCGGGGAUGACGUUUCUGAAAUUUCUCAACAAACCCAACGGGGAUCCAUUCCUUACGUUAGCGCAUAACACCGCCGCACCAUUCGCAAAAAUGCUGAGGCUACUCAAGAGGUACGACCUGGCGUACCACAUCUCUUCGAGUGUUGGCGCCAAAUCGGUACCCGGUCGUUCUGUCGUGAUGCCCUCGUACCCAGGAGCGUUGUCGUCUCAGGACGAAUAUUACGCAGUUGAGGGCGUGGGUCGCGAACUCCUCGUAGCUGGAACACCUUUGACGAUCGAUGAUCGCGAAUGGCGUGGUAGAGGAAAUCCCAGAGAUCAGCGGGUACCCUUAGCCGCUCGGGUCAUGACGGCGAAUCGCCUUGCUAUCGAUGGCCGCUCAUGGGCACGUCUUCUUGCGCUUUACAACAGCGGUAGCGCGAGUCGUCAGUGGUUAACCGUUGAUCCACGUAUAAACUCAGUCUGGCUCGUCGAACAGGUUCCGGGUAUGACUCACGCUGUCGACUAUUCCAAGGAUUUGGACAACGUCGGGUUCGUGUCUUGCACCGGGACGCCGGUGUCCAAUGAAAUCCGAAAGGUUACCGGAACCUUACGCGACGUUGCUUUGGCGAGGAGUGCCGAGAUUUCAAGGCGGCAAAUGAACGUCACCACCCCGGAGGGUGUCACCGAUAUGAUGCGAGCACAUGCAGCGCUUUUGAAGCCCCGGAUUGUUGCUGAAAAUUUCACCGUCACCAGCGGCUUAGAUUUGGUUCUCCUGCUGUCUUUCAGAGGCGACCUCGACAAACAUCCGUUGCCCGUCGGUGUUAUCGAUACUAAAAUUAUGACGGCUGGUCUAAACGGAAUUGAAACAUUCAAGGCUAAUUCGGGACCGACUUUUUCGGAUAAAAUCCCUCCGUUCAAUUGGACUGAAACCUUUCCAAACCAGCCACAUUGCGGACAGCCAGAUGCUUUCAACUUUGGUAUUGUCACACCAAAUUGGGUUUGGAUCUGAUCAAGUUAAAAUUAUUCAGUUUUCUUCGAUGCCAUUCUAUGAAAAUAUCUCUCUACUUCGUCUCAGUAACAUAACUUCUGUAAGUCACAUUUAAGGCAUAUAUUCUGUGGAAACAUUUUGUAACACAUCUGUACGUACCUAUUGUAGCAUCGUUGCGCUCAUGUUGAUUCCUAUUCUGAACGACCCCACUUCUUAAUUAGAGAUAAACGUUACUGUGAGUGUCUGCGAGUCUACAAAUACAGGUAUUAUCCUAGUUUGUCAUCAUAAUUGAUUCACGAGUAACUGACCUAAGUGGCUCGAUCAAAUCGAAGUUACAACCAUUGAUAUAAACAAAUAAAACACCUACGGGUCUUUAAUUAUU